CCCGUUUGCUUUCUUUAUCCCCCUUCAUCUACCGCCACCGCCGGCAGGUUCAGGAAGGUGCGUUGCUUCCAUCAGCCAGAGCGCGGUAAGCGUCUGAAACAGUGGGAAGCUAACGCCAAUGGCGGAGGAGACGGAAGAGAGAAAUGGGCAAGAGAUAGUUGGAAGGGAGGGGCCUCCUGUCGUCACCAUUCCUGGUGCUGGUCGUGCUGGCAACUUCCCGCCUCCUCUCAAGUUGGAAACCGAGGAGUCAGCUGAAGGAGUGAAUCCCAGCAACAUGUGGCAGGUUUAUGCCCUUGGGGGCUUCAUGAUUCUGAGGUGGAUAUGGGCCAGGUGGAGGGAGAGGAAGGACAAGGGAGGAUCUGUUGGAGGAAAUCCAUCUGCUGACUAAGACUGCUGAAAUUGUCUUUUCCUUUUUUCCUGAAGAAAUGUUGUAUGGCAGCCUCCUAGUUUACGAAGGUUUUAAGGACAAUUUUUAUAAAGCUAAAAAAUGAGCAGUGGUGCCAACCAAGGGCUACAGCCGACCUUUGGGCCAAUGAACCAUGACAAUACUUCUUGUGAAAAAUGGCUUCCUUAUAAUUAUUCUUAUUUUCAUGUUUGUCA